AUGGCCGAAACCCUGGUCAACAAGAAGCAGCGGAGAAAGAGCUUCACUUUCUUCCACUCCUCGUCGACCACCACCCCUAUUCCCGCCUCCCACGACCGCUCCUCCUCAGACGGCCUGUCCUCGACGAAGAAGCGAACUCGACGCAAUUCCGGCUUUUUUGGCACUCGAGACCAGAGUCCUGGUCGCUCGACAAAUGUCCUGCGCCGGCCGCAGACCUCUGCCUCGGAAUCGGCUUUCUCUAUCGCCGCUCCUCCUGAGGCCCACAAACAGCAGCGCAAAUCUUUUCAACGAAACAAACGAUCGUCCAUGCUUGGCUCCUUACGUUCCUUGCAGUCCUUUGAAGACGAUGACAGGGCAAAUAGAAGCCCUUUACUCGACGAUGACGACUCCAAUCCUCCGUCACCCCAUCCCAAGAGAUUACUCGGCCACGUCGUCUUACACCAUGGCGAAGUCCAGACAGCAGGGACCAUGUGGCGGAAGCGACACCAUUACCUAGUCUUGACUGAUACCCAUUUGAUUCGUUUCAAGAGCCAGGGAAAGGCAUCUGAUCUAUUCCCCACCAUUUCAGCGCCUUCCGGCCGAACAACCCCGGUCAAUCGCCAGUCGAUCGUCUCUAUUGCGUCUCUACAAGACCACGGUGUAUCAGCAUACAGUAGCGAUAUUGCGGCAAUCGCCUUGACUAGCAUUGUCUCCGUUCACCGAGCUGAUGAUUCGAGGCACCAGUCCACCCUGGAGCUGUCCUACCUCGAUGACCGAACCAACAAAGCCGCCUUGAUGGCCAUUCAGUUCGCCGACCCUGACGAGCAGAAUCUUUGGCUGAUUGGUAUCCGUUCGGCUGCCCACUCCAUGCGCACGCUAGAGCCGCUACCUUUCGAGGGCAGAGCCUUGGAAAAUGCCAUCAGAGUGCUUGAGCAGGAUCGAGACUAUGACCCGGAGAAUUUCCAGCUUUUCCGUGUGGUACAGCGGUCUUCAAACAAGCUCGCCAAUCGGUCCUCUGCCGACGAGAUUGUGAAGCUGUCCGCAACAGUGUACUACCUUGCCAUUGGCCUCCAUAAAAUACAUCUCCUCCCUCUUCAGAAACAGUCAAGCCGGUCUUCGCUCAUUUCUCUCAGCGAACUCGAUAACGGCGCAUCCUUUGGAUUGAUGGCUUUAACUUCGCUGUUAAUGCAUUCCGGAGAUGAUAGGUUUCAACUGACAUUUCGGGUCCCUCCGGGUAAUCCAUGCUUUUUACACCUGGCUUCGGUAUCAUCGGUUGAAAUCGCAUUGUGGAUUCGCCAGCGCACGGAGUUCUUACGUCCUCUUUGGUUGCACCAGCCAUAUGAAAUCAUAGCUUCUGCCGAAGUCGUUCACGGCGAUCUUAUCCCGGCCCCAGAGCUUGACGAGGACUUUGGCUGUUUUGACCGCACUCUCAUUGCCUACUCAGCCAGCUAUGCUAUAGACACCUCAAACAUUUGCUACACUAUCGAUUUGGACUGCGAAGAUGCUCCUUGCUUCAGGCUUCUACCUCCAGCCGCCAGUCGACGUCAACAUUAUACCGUUCUGGAGCUCCUGGCUGUUAUGCGGGCCCUUCGUUACAAUGAAACCUUUGUCUCCAUUUCGUUCAGUGGCAUCAGCCUCGACGCUUUGCAGAAAACUCGUGACUCCCAUGGACUCGACCCCGAUAUUCUUGUAUCCAGGACUGGGUCACCGGUCAACAUUGCAGGCCAGGAUCGCCUGUCCCUGUUGUCUCAGGAAAUUCGUGCCUUGGCGCUGAAAAGCAAAAGGUUACGAAAAGUCGACUUUUCCUUUUGUUUAUCGAGAACUCCUAUAUUUGAUAGCGGUGCCCGUGAUCCAGGUUGUGGUAUUCCCGAAGCCAUCUUUCCACUCUGUCGUCGACAGUACACAAAUGUCGACUGGAUUGUCCUCAACGGUAUCAAACUAGGUGAUUCAGACCUCGAUUAUUUGGUCGAUGCUGCCUCUCAACGGACUAGCCAUUUGCGAGCCCUCGAGGUAGGAGACUGUGGUCUCUCUGUUCAUGAUCUCGAUCUCAUCUUGUCGACCCUCAUUACUCAGGAAGCAACCCUGGAAGCGAUAAAUAUUUCUGGAAUCCAAGGGCGACUCAGUCCGGAGCUUUUCCAACAGCAGAUCGGCUACUUUGGUCAUAUCCGAAAGAUCAAUCUAACCCGUGUCGCUAGGACUUCGGGGCCCGGCCCCCUGAUCGCACCUGAGACUUUGUUGAACUGGCGUCUGGAAGAGCUCUCUCUAAGCCAGACUGCUAUGAAUGAGCAGACUGUGGAUUCCAUCGCAGCUUACUUGGCGAGUGACCGGUCAUCGUCUCUUAGGACUCUACGGUUAGAUCAAUGCGGACUGACUGGUGCGGACGUUGCUACAUUUCUUCGUUGUAUUACGCAGAAGCCUCAAACCAGUCGAGAGAUGCAUCUCCAUGUCAACGAGAAUAAUUUAGACACCGACUAUACUCUCUUGUUUCAGGCUAUUGCAGAGAACCAUGCCCCAACUCACCUGUCAAUGCGCAUGAUCGAUUUCAAGAAGGAAGAGCAUUUUCGGGAACUGGUUGAGGCGGUGAGGAAGAAUACCACAUUGCGCUACCUUGAUAUCUCCAAAGCAUCACUCCCUUAUGACGCUGGCCCAGAAACCUGCGAAGCGCUACAAUUGAUGUUUGAAGAAAAUGAAACCCUGGAGGAGCUAGAUAUCAGUGGCGAGUACGCCCAUUUGGACGUCGCUCGUUUCGGUAUUGGCCUAAACCAGGCUCUGACGGGCUUACAGAAGAACAAGUCUUUGCGUGUGCUCCGGAUUGAACACCAAAAGCUUGGUCUGCCAGGCGCGAGCACCUUGGCAACAGUUCUCGAGCAUAAUUCCUCCCUUCGUGAAAUCUACUGUGAAAACAAUGACAUGAAUCUCCAGUCCUUCACGGUUCUUGUUAAUGGUCUUCAGCAAAAUACCUCAGUCAUUCUUCUCCCUAACAUGAAUUCGGACCGCCAUAAUUCCUUGGAGAAGAUUCGUCGGGAGAUUGAGAAUAUCCAUCGCGAGACCGCUCUGCAUCCUCCUAGUUCUGCUGCCAGUUCUCUUCGUCGUUCGUUCCACGCUGCCAUAGCAAUUGGACAGCCAUCUGGCGGCCAUAAACUUGCAAAACAUCAAGUCUCGCCUCAGCUGUCAAAAGGCAGCUUUAUAGGUUCUUACUCGUCCUCUCAAUCCCUGGCAGAGCCGUCAAACUCGGAUCCUUUGAGACAUGAAGUGGAAACCACACUGCUCUCAUUAAACAACAGAUGGGAUGACGAAGUGGACCGACUCCGUCAGUGUUUGUAUAGGAAUUAUUGUAUUCUGCACGAUAUUCCUCUCGAUAGCAUCGAUCACAAAGAAAUAGAUCCGAAUAAGCCUACGGUAGUUGACGAGUCUCACCCUGGCAUGUCCAGCGAUCUUUUUGCUAUGUUGGGAGAUAUGCACAAGCUUGAUGUGAACGGGCCUGCGAAAGUGUCCGACUCAUCUCAGGUAGAUGACGAUGCCCUGGAAGAUAGUUCUGCAAGUGGAUCACCUGUCAUCACAAUGUCGAGCAGCUUUUCUACGCGUACACUUGAGUCUUUGAAAGUGGGAGAAACAACACGACCUGUUUCACCGACUUCAGUUGCCUUCGAGAAAGCUGCUCGCGUCAGCACGGCAGAGUAUACUGCUUCAUCAAACUCUUCACCUCAGCUCGCCCUUCCAGUCCCUGCAAUCCGAAAGACAGCUCAUACCGCAGAAAGCAUCCGAAGCACUGGCAGUUCCAGUAACCUGUCCACAAGUACAGGAACCGGGUCUAAAAGUUUCCACAGCACCAGUGGCCUGGCAGCGUCUUCGUUGAGAAAAUUGCUUCCCAACCGCCAGUCGGCGAUGAGAGGCAUGCGUCAGUUUAGCAGUUUUGGAGACUCGAAAGAGUCGCUGAGGGUCAAAACGACUGAUGCACCGCCGCAAAUCAAUUGGACACUCCCGCAAAUGGAUUUUGAAUAG